AUGGAGAACCGUGCCAGCAUUACACUUGUCGAUAAUACCGAUCCUGGCCAGCAGCCGACGGGCGACGAGCUGGCUCUCUCCGCUUCUGCGGUUGAACGUUCCAGCUUCACCAAACGAUUGGGAAGGGCUUCGUACCAACAGAGAAAAUACGCUAAGUGGCAACCGGGCAAGCUUGGAGGUACAAAGCAGACAGGUGCUGCUGGGGAUUCAUCGCAACGGCAAAACUCCCUCGCUACAGAGGCAGAAACCGCGCACACCAGAGAUGGGAACAAUCAAGCAGUCGAGGCGACCGAUUUCGCUUCGCUACAGGACCAGGAACAGAGGCGCGCCCGGGAUGCACAGAUGCACGAGGGCGAGUCGAAGCCGCCGCUCAGCGAACUCGAUGUGCUGUACGAGAACCAGCGGGGCUGGUUCUUUUUCGGUAUUCCACUCUAUUCGCACAGCUCGCUACUCAACUUCGACCCAAGCGCCUGGGUCACACGCGACCUGAAGGACAGCGCGGUCAAUAUCAUGAACGCGCAGCUGCCGGACCCAAGCUGGGAGUGGGUCUGGAAGACAUGGUAUGUGGACAUGUCUGGCGACAUCGACGAGCAAGGCUGGCAGUAUGCAUUCUCCUUUGCCUCCUCGUCCUGGCAUGGCACGCAUCCGUGGUUUCACUCGUUUGUUCGACGCCGGCGCUGGGUGCGACUGCGUGCCAAACGGACAUCCAAGACGAACGGUAGAGAACGAUCUGAGUUCGAGAUGGCCCAUCGCUUGAACGAGGACUACUUCACCAUCCAUUCCAAGGCGAAGACCCGCGAUUCCAGCGUAGGGCCCGUCUCGCGAGUGACAUCCGCGCUGCGGGACACAAAUAUCGAAGACGAAGUCGUCCUGGAGGAUGUCACCAAUAUACCAUCCCUCAUGCAUGCCCUCAAAGCUGCGGCUGUGGAUCGGGAAAAGCUCGAGGUGCUCAGGCGAUUUAUUGAAGAGGGCGACGAAGAAUUACACUACCUAGCAGAAACGAUACCGGAUAUCAUGAUGCUUUUUGUAUUCCAAACGUCUAGAUACCAAUUCUCCACAUAUAUGGCCAGUGUCAGAGACCAACUGUCCGAAAAGGCAACCGACACCCAAGGCAUCGAGGCGGAAAAACUCAGUCGCAAACAGGAAAACCUCGCUCGCGCCGUUGAGACCGCCAAACACCACGUCACCGGCCCAGAUAUCUUCAGCGACGCCAAGGGCGAGUCUGGAACCAGCAUGUUGGAUCUGAUUUCUGUCCAGAACUCCGCCCGCAGUCGCCGUGAAUCACGUCUGCACCACCACAACCCCAUCAAGGUGAGCUCUGCCCUUAUGUUCUCGCGCGGCCGUCCGUGUCUGAGACACCACGGCUUAUCGGCUGUGUUGGACAACGCUACGGUCGGAUCGGAGGAACCGCUGCUUUUUCUGUACCCCCGGUGGUUUACUACAGGGUCACGAUACGGAUACGCAAGACCGAUCACGUCGAUAGCGCCGCCGCCGCCCUCGUCGUCGUCGGAUACAAGGAAGUGUCAAGGAUCGGAAUCUGUCGAGGGGAAUAAUAGUAAGGAAGGUGUGCUGAGUUUGAACCACGAGUCCCGGGCUAGAUCGGCGAGGGACUCGCCGAAUUCAACACGGGUACAAACACCUGCUACGAAGGGCGUACGCCGAACCCAUGAUAUUCAAACCGAGAAGAGCGAUGCGAGCACCACACAUAUUCGUCCUUUCAUAGAGACCGAACCGCCCGGGCCGGAGGACAAGACAGCAGGAAGCCCGGGCAGUCGGCGACGGUCGCUAGUUGGGAUCAAACGGAUGUCUAUCACGGAGCGUCGCAGGUUGAGAUAUCAUAUCUAUGUGAGUCAAUGUGAAAGAGAGCGUGGGUUGAAGCAGAAGCUGGUCCCCUGGGCGGAGGCCAUGGACCUGCUGGAAAAGAUGCAGCAGCGGGACCAUGCGUGGACCAAGAAGGGAAGCAAGUUCUCCAAGGAAAUCCGGAUCCCCGAGGAGACCGUGGCUCUCCUGGGCGGCCUGACCGCCAUAGAGGAGAAUGUGUGGUACGUUCCCGUUCACAAUGGCUGUCGGGUCCACGUCCUGUCUCCGCAGGAGAGCGACGACAUGAAUCGAAGAGUGAUCCUGUCUGGCUCGGAACGAGUCGUCGAGCUGGUGGAAAGCCGGAUCCUCCAGGCGCAGAAGUCGCAGGAGAUGGGGGACCCUCUGGUUGAGUUCAGGAAGCCUCCGGUGCCGGUUGUUCCAUCUUCAGAGGCUCUUGCCCGCAAUAAUGUGCCUAUGCCACUGAUACGAAGUGUUUGGACACAUGAUCACUAUUCUCACAAGACGACGAUGCACGAACUGCCUCCGGAUCUGACCAUGCGUUCGGUGAAAGACCUGGCCGAAUUCGUGGAUGACCUAACCCGCGCUCAGAUUCCGUCCGGUUUUAUCAAGGCCCAGGGCGUGGAAUCGGCGCAGGAUUUCAUCGUCCGCACCAUCAAGAUCGUGCUUUUGCUCGAUGCCAACCAGAAACUCAUCUCCACUGGCGCUUUGAACAGAGCUCUAUCCUAUCUGUGCGACAAUGAGUUCCUCUCCACCGCCCGCAGAAUCUUCUCCCGGGCCGAGCAUGUUGCGACGACGGAUACGUUCAACAUUCUUUUGGAAUCGGCUUCGAAACGACAGGACCUUCAGGUCUUCUUUCGGUUUUUGACCGCCAUGUCUAGGUUGAACAUCAAGCCCAAUGGGAGAACUUGGAUGGCCUUUGUCAAUAUGACUGUGUCGUCCAAGGUGCGGCAGUCUCUCCUGAUGUAUGUCACGUCAAAGGGCUACCUCGCUGGGGUCCACGAUCUUCGCUCGGCGCACCAUUCCGCGAUCCAGCAAGAAUUCCUGGCUCAUCUGGAAGACGGCGGGAGUGUGGAUGCGUUCGUCGAUGCCAUGGCUCAAUCUCAAUAUCUGAACUGGUUCAACGGGACGUUGGUCAAUCAGAUGUUUGGCGUUGCUGCCCGGCUGAAAGACUUUUCUGUGCUGCAGCGGCUGCGUGAGAUUUGCGAUGAGCGUCGCGUACCGGUGGAUAGCAGUACCUUGAACCACAUCAUCCCCGCGUUCCGAGCAAAUAUCCAUUCUGCUCUUCGCUAUGUCUUCUGGGUGAUGGACCGAGGGUCCUCGCAGCUCCAUCGUGAGACAUACGAGCGACUCUUUCUGAUCGCUUUCAAGAACCGUUGCGUCAAUAUCUGUCGGGUCCUCUGGCGGUAUGCCUGUUUACAUCAGGCUGUGACGUACAAGAUGAAGCAGUGUGUGCUCGUCUCGCUGUCCAGCAACAAGCCGCAAGCCGCCAAGGAUAUCGUGGACAAACUCUGGAAGACUGGUGCGGGUAAGACCAUCGUCGGCCUGGAUCUCCACCGACCGACGCUGCAGCUUCCCCCCUCUAUCAUGAAGGAUGUCCCGUCUGAAUUCUCCGACAACCCCGUUGCCUACCUCGCCAGCGGAUUCCGAGAGCAGGGCGCAGCCCGCGACGCCCAGCUGCGUGUCGCCAAGGCGCUGGUCCACCGUGACAUCCAGGUCGGGUCUUCCUACCGUCCCGAGAAACCGUUACGGCACGUCUUGGAGGAGGCGUCCACCAUGGACCUGAAAUGGCAGAACACCCCUCGGCCUAUUCAGUGGAUGCUCCAGAAUGCGAUCCCGGUGCCUGUGAAGCUGUAG